UCGAAAAUGUGCGCUUUUUUCCAAUCCUCAAGGAUGGCUAUUCGUCCAGUACCUGCUUCUCUCAGAAUGGUCAUUGUGUUGCCAAUGUGGUAAACAAACGUUUUAGAGGAAAGAUUCGUUUGUAAAGAGCUGUUAAUGAAUUGUUUUUCUUCUGGAAGGAAAUACGACUUCGGUGAAUGUUCUUUUCAAUAGAUAGUUGGUAAAAGAACCGUUUGAGUUGUGGAUAUAAAAAUCGAUUUCCCAACAUCAAUGGCGGCUGUGCAGAAUUCCGAUGUUGUGUUUUUUCCAUUUCAUGCAAGGCUUAAAACUCAGCCCAAUCCGAGGACCAUACCUCUAGGAUGUGUCAAUGCCAGAUGGUCAGCUUGGAGGCGCUCGGAUUAUUUCUAUCCGGAAAUGAUUCCCGAGCCCGAUUACAGCGAUACAGAAUCCGAAGCAGGAAAAAGCGAGGCUGGAUCCGACGAUCGUUCCGAAGAUGCUAGCGAUCGUCUCAGAGAUCUGCAAGUGAAGAACGAGAAUGAAGAUGACAACAGAAGACGACGAAUGCCGCCCGUCGCUAAUAUUGGUGAAUAUAAUAACAGAAACGAGACUCCCCGCCCUAAAAAGAUCCAGUUUUCAGACGAGGAACUAAUCAAACCAAAAAAGCCGGCAAAUCCCUACCUGGAGUCAACGGAGAGGCAGAAAUUACACAAGGAGCUUAAAUUCAAUCAAAAAUACGGUAAGCAAAAAGGCAACCAGAGGACCGAGCUGCAGGUGGCUCUGGAGAAGUACACCGAGAGCAAGAUCAAAAGAGACCUGGCAGCCUCGAGGCGGUCGUCACUGGAAAAAGUACUCGAGCAACAGGCACGGAAAAUCGAAAUGCACGAACGGGAAGGAACUGCGCAUGUGCAACCUGCUUGGAUUGAAGAACUUCAACGGCAACACUUCACCAAAAGGUCUGACCCGAAAACAGAUGAAUUUUAUCGAGUUCACGCAAGAGUCGUCAACAACAUCAUGAAUCUCGAGUCAAAUGAUGAAGAUCAAACUUCCACUGAUCUGUCAUCAGGAAGGUCAUCCUCAUCAUCUGACCACAGCGACUGAAAUUUAUAAUGCCAUAUAGCCCUGUACAUUUUGUUUCGUACACUUCAAA